GUCAAUCCAGACACAAUGAUAACCUUCACCAUAAAAAUCCUUUUGGCAUUCAACAUAAAACCCCCGAAAGAAAAACAGAAAGGGCACAAGUCAACAAAACCACACCCAGAAGGGAAGCAAAAAGGGAAGAAACCACCACCACCUCCCCAAGAAACCGAACAAGAUCCCCCGUAUGUACUACGUUUAGAUCAAAAUUUCACUACUGCGCAUGUCGAGUACGAACUCUUACCCGGGAAAAUCAAACCUUAUUGGAUCGACGUGAUCUGUUGGCGUAAUGCCGCUAAAAUUUUUACUGCAGAUGGUUCAAAGGUCUUCAGGACAGUCAGUGGGAACAAUUUAACCUUCGUGCCUAUAUCAAUAGUCCAUUACCUCAGGGAGUUGACUAUAGAUGAACUGCUCACUCUACAGCACCAUGUGAUAGAGUUCAACAUAUUCAGUGAUAAAAAUAAGCUGGGAAACGCGGCCAAAAACAACAAAACGGAAAUUAUUUAUAUCAGAGAAAUCGACGUAGAUAUAAAAGGGUUCGUUGAGGGAUACACUGACCGAGCGAAGAGCACCAGUUUAACCAAACGGUCGGUUUUAGGGAAAAGUGAGGGCACUGAGGAGGAUAUUGUGUCGAAAUCUUCAAAGUUUGACGGACUUAGUCGGUUGAAGUAUGAUACAGACUAUGCAGACACAUUUUACGAAAUCAUCGACUACUUGUCAGGCACUAGACCGAAAGAACAAUUGAACUUCCGGGAUUUUAUCCAGGCCUGUACCCCUCUGGCAAACGACACCAAAACCCCAACCAAACCACCUGAAGAAAAAAAAAGCAAGAAAUCAACCACCCAAAAGCCCAAACCGGAAAAAUCCACUGGGAAACUCACCUUAAGAAUGCAAGGGGAGAUAUUCUUCACCGAUAGCGACACCGUAUUCACCAUAGAGAACCAGCGAUCAGAAGUGAACCACUUGUUCGUAAUUCCACAAGUGGAAAAUCUCAUUUCACGCUUCCAAAAGAUCGAACUGAACCCGAUCAUAAUCAAACUAAAAUCGAUCCAAAGGUUCCCGGUUAAAGUGUUCGAAAACACCGAUUACACCGAUUUGUUCCUCAAGUACUCGAUCCCUUGUAUAGCCGAAUGUACCACCAGCGAGAAACCGAUGGCGGAAACCAUCCGGUUUAUGGAAUCCCACCUAUUCCCCACGCAUAAAUUAUCCAAAAUCAAACUGCUCGAGUAUCUGGAAUCCAAGAGGUUCGUCGUGGAAGUGUUCGGGGUUCAACGGUACCAGCUGAUCAAUUCGGACCCGAAGAUGUUCGGGGAAAAGGCGGAAGACCGGAACAUAUCCAGGAUCGAUGACCCUAAAGUGCCCAAGUACAGCAUGGACGACCCGUCGAAGACCCAAGUGGUCCCGUUGGCUUAUUGCUCUUACGACUUGAGUUCUUUGCUGAAGAACGUUUGGGAUUUUAGGGCGAAUGAACAGUUACACACGCCCGAACAUAGAAUUACGUCAGAAAAACUCCAGCAAGUUGAUCCACCAGAGGCGUCAAAGCAGCAGGCAGAAGACGAAGCGAAAUGCGACUUCUUGCAACGCUACCGCGUCUCCAUCAACCGAAUCAACCUGGGAGGCAUCGAGUUCUCGCCAUCGAAGAAAUCGCCGUUGAAAGAGUGGAUGUUGAUCGAACACGAUACGGUUCUAGACCUGGAGGCUUACCUGUUGUCGCCACAAUCAGCCGCUUUGGUGCUUCACCAAGUGCCCAACACCUACAAACGAUUGCUGGUGAUCUUCUUUGCUAAAGAGAAGGCUCAGACGUGCUUGAGAAACAUCCUGACACACAACGGAAGAGUCAUGAACGGGGAGUUGAAGGAUAAUGACAUCUUAACGGGGUUUAUCAUUGACAAUGGAAAUAAUUUCGUUAUUUAUGUUGAAGGACAUUCUGUUGGUUAUAUUUUAAACGUGUGGCAAGACAUCGACGGCAUUAGUCCUCAGGAAGCAAAAGUGUUUUUCAACACCGACCAAGCGUACGAACAAAGACUCUACCACGUGUGCAACAAGUUCAGCGGGUUCAACGUGAUCAACAUGAAGAUCCCUCUGCAAAACAUCUUUACGAACCAGAAAACUUACGUUAGAGGAAACGUUCCGUUGUUAUGCUCACGGGCUCUAACGAAACUCAACCUGAUCUUGCUAACUGGAACAAUGAAACUGAUGUUCCAACACGAUCUGUUUCCCACCAUGGAGGAACUGAUCAGUUUGGACAUUGAAUACGGAGUGCCUUGGGCAUGGAAGAACUGCGCUCCCUCACUAAUGUCCUUGGACCCUGAGGAAGUUGGUGACAGUGGAGAAGAAAUAAAUCGAUAAAUGAU